AUGGAAUCCGAGUUUUCGUAUGCUCCCUCAGAGGAAUUGAACACUCUGGGGCCAGAUGGUAGGCACCGUUCAACUGGAUCUCAUAAAUCGAAUUCUUCAAAAGGCUCCAAAAGUUCGAAAAGUUCCAGAGCGUCCAAAAGUUCCAAAACUUCAAGGAAAGAUCCAUUUUCCGAUUUCCACGCUCCACCCACCAAACACUCCGCAAGAGACUCGUAUAUGUCUUCGCUUUCCGAGUACUCUGGUAGAGAAAAAGACGUCGCUGAGCCAGUGACGGUUACUCGAGUGGAGCGGGAUCUGGGCGAAGUCAAUAGGGUUGAUUUGCAAUCAGAAUCUUCGAUAAAGCUUGGAAAGCUCCCCACAGUCAAGGGCAGACCGGAGCAGAAACUGCCUGAUAUGAGCUACAAUACCAAUGUCGAAGCACCAGUACCUCCGCGCUCUUCGAGACGUCCCAAAAGUGGAAUUUAUACUGCACAAGAUAUCGAUCUGCCCACUACGGAAAAAGGCCACAAACAGCAGCAUUCGAUGCUGCAAUCUAUCACUGAAGACCUUGAGAAACUUAUGGCCAGCGCUGCUAGUGCUGGAGAUUUGGAGCAGAAAUAUGAAGGUAGAGACGAUUCCAGCUCCAAAUAUUCGCACUCGCGAAAGACGACCGAUACUACCAGUCCUUUAUUGGAGGCUGGUGAUCGAUUCUUGCCGCCCAGACCGUCACCUACGGACGUGGAGAGGGCACGGGUGGUCAGCCAGGAGAUAAGACAGGGCAUGGGAAAGGAAUUUGGAGAAGAAAUUCAAACUGAACGGUCUGAGCAUCCUGAACAAUCCCAGGUUAGUCCUGAACGAUAUGAAUUCAAUCCUGGACCUUCUGAGCAUCCUGAGCAUUCCGAGCAGUAUCCUGAACAAUCUGGUCAAUUCAGUCCUGAACAAUCUAAGCAAUUUAGACCAGAAUCUGAGCACCUCGAUUCUCAAUCUGAACAGUAUCCGGAGCAAUCUUACCAAUAUCCGGAACAGUCUGAACAGCAUGCGGAAAAAUCCAAGAACUUCAGUCCUGAAUCUGACCACAGUCCAACCAAGGAAUGGAACUCUAGACACUCGGUUUCUACAGACCAUUCGGUUCCAUAUCCUCCAGAUGAUAACGACUACUAUGACAUUGAGGAACCGGUGAUAGUCAAUCCGCCAGCCAGAGUCAAAUCUGUCAAAGACAGUACCCACAACUUGAACAAAGGCAAGAAAAAGACAAAAAAGCGAGUCAAGUCGCAUGCCUCCAAAUCGCAUCUCAAGCCAUUCACCUACUCGACAUUGAUAAGUUUACUAGAGAGUACCAAUGGCACAGUAAUAGGUGAAGAGUUUACCCAACUUAAUCUUCCAAUAAGACAGAAGCAAUUGGUGGAGAAAAUAGUGGACUCGCUUUCAAGAUUGACGCUGGAUAUGUUGGUGGAUGAACAACGGUACGAGAUAGGAAUCCGGCGACUCGAGUCUGCGCUUCGGGUACUCGAGGGGUUUAUGUAG